UACAUUAUCUAUUAUAAUCUACAGUGUUUUUACUUUUUUUAUUGUCUCCCUGUGUGAUUCUUCUCCUUUAAACUAAGUUCUGUGGCAUUCUGACCACAUGGUUGCAGUCAUUUGGCUUUAAGCUAAAAAGUGGCAGAAGGGGAAAGGCACGAAGGGUGUAAAAUGCAGGGGGGUGGGCAACUCCAGAGAUGAACUGAGUGAGAUAAACAGAGAGGAGAUUGAUGGCACAAGAGGGACGUGAGUGGGAGGGACAGACGCAGCGAGACUAAAGUAUGAAGCUGGGGGGUGGGAGCAGCAAACAGAUCGAGACAAAGAGUAACAGGGUGAUGGAGUGUGACGAAGAAGGAGGGGGGAGCAGUAGAGAGAGGCAGACGGAGCAAUAUUGAAGUUACCUGGAUUGGAGCGCUGAAGAAACAGGAGCAAACGGUGACAGGGUGUGGGAGGGGCAGAGGGAGGAGGAGCGGAAGAGGAAGCCCGAGGCAGACGAAGCAAGAUCAGUAAUGGAGGGGGAACAGAAGAGGAAGAGAGACACUGAGGGAGCAAGCAUCAGAGGGUGGGAGACAAAUGGAGAACGGAGAGCUGCUGCACAUAUCUAUUGUAAAAGGAAAUUCAGCACCAAAGUACAGCCACUAUGACCCAAGCACGUCUAUGUAUUUGCAAUGUGACCAGUGCCCGCCAGGAAUGUAUAUUAAGCAGGACUGUACCACUGAGAAGAAUACGGAGUGUGCUCCAUGCCCUUCCAAUCAUUACUCUGACACAUGGAACUCCAACACUGAAUGUUACUUCUGCAAUGUGGUCUGCAAAGAGCUUCAGUAUAUAAAGCAAGAAUGCAACGGCACCCACAACAGGCUGUGCGAGUGUGCUGCAGGACUCUACUUGGACCUAGAAUUCUGUGUACCUCACAAAGAGUGCCACCCGGGCUAUGGAGUAGUGCAAGAAGCCAAAGGAACACCUGAAAGUGACACUGUUUGUAGACCAUGUCCUGAAGGAACAUUCUCAGAUGCAACAUCAGCAACUGCAAGAUGCCAGAGACACACAGACUGCAAAAAGCUGGGCAUCAAGGUGGUCUACCAGGGUGAUUCAGAACAUAAUGCACUGUGUCAGCCUGAUGGAUCAUUCUGUGAAAUAGACAUCACACUUUGUGAAGAAGCUUUUUUCCGAUUCGUUCCUAACAAUUGGUUAACAGUGAUUGCUCAAACAUUGCCAAGCACCAUGAUCUCAUCGCAACCUAUAGAUGGUGUUCAAGAGAAGUUGUACCCUCAAGAACAGAAGUUUCACGUGUUGAAAUUAUGGAAAGAUCACAACAGAGAAAGUGAAUCAGGCAAAUUUUUGUUUCAAGAUCUCCAAGUUUGUGAGAAAAGAGUAUCAAAGCAAAUUGGCCGUUUGAACAUGACUACUAGUCAACUGUGGACUUUAAUGCAAAGCUUGCCUGGAAAGAAGAUCAGCAAAGGGGAGGUAGAGACCACAGUGAAGGUUUGCAGGCAACCCGACCAAGUCUUAAAGCUCCUCAAUCUGUGGAGGAACAAAAAUGGCGGUGAUACCAUCAACCUCCUUAAGGUCAUCAAAACCAGUCGGCUUCCCAAAAUGUUGCGUAGGACCAUUAAGAAACUUGAAAGAUUUCUUAAUAGUGAUGCAAUGUACAGACUGUACCAGAAAUUGCUUUUGGAAAUAUUUGGAAGCCAAACGCAACCGGCUAAGGUGGACUAUAAAUAAGUGUUUUUUUACCCAGAAACUGGAAUUCUAUUCUGGUGUCUACUGAAUAAGCUCUUAAUUUAUGAGUGUGUAUGUAUAAAGAUAUAAAUAUAUGUAGAUAAAUAUAAAGUGUGUAAGUGCGUGAGUAUUUUUAUCAUAGGUGACUUCAUUACCUGGAAGUAUGCUUGUUUGUGUGUAUUUAAUAAAAGGAACCUCUUCCUGGGGCCACAUAGUUGACAAAAGUUGACUUUCCGAAUUUCAUUUCAGUUCUCUGUAUUUAUUACCCUUUUUUAUUAUAGAAAUUUAUUUUAACUUAUUUGUACGGAAAUCCAUAUUCAGUUGGAUGUAUAUUCUGCUGUGUCAAGUCUCACAUCUUCUUUCUUACUACACUUGUAUUCUCGUGUAAUUGUUUUAGAUUUUUACAGGAGGUUGUAAAAGUUUUUUUUUCCAUUGAACUGUAUGUGAUUUUAUUUACAAAAAGUAAAUGAUUGACAAUUAAUAAGA